UCGCAUUAUUAUCACAUGAGUUGGAUAUUUCGCCGAGUGACUGACUGUGCGGGUUAACGAGUAGCCGAAAUCGAGAAGAAAAAUCACCGGAAAAAUGUUUCUCCGGCGAGUGGCGCGGCCGCUGAUGAUGAUGGCGAAAAUAAAGGAGACGACGGGGAUCGUCGGCCUCGAAGUCGUACCCAACGCACGAGAAGUGCUGAUCGGACUUUACACCAAAACCCUAGAAGAGAUCAAGGCGGUGCCGGAGGACGAAGGGUACCGCAAAGCCGUCGAGAGCUUCACCCGCCACCGCUUGAAGGUGUGUCAGGAGGAGGAGGAUUGGGAGGCGAUCGAGAAAAGACUCGGGUGUGGACAGGUCGAGGAGUUGAUUGAGGAAGCUCAAGAUGAGCUCAAGCUCAUUGGCCACAUGAACGAGUGGAAGCCAUGGGGUAUUCCUGAUGAUUAUGAAUGUGAAGUUAUUGAAAAUGAUGCUCCUGUACCAAAGCACAUCCCCUUGCAUCGACCUGGUCCCCUUCCUGAAGAGUUCUAUAAGACAUUGGAGGCUGUUGAUACUGGCACUUUAAAGGAUGCUAUUUCAAGCUCCAAAAAGGAAGAUCCUGAAAUUACAUCUGGUGAAGCACAAGCAAAGUAGUUUGCUUCAGCAUCUUUUGGUUAUUUGUGAAGCACCUUCAACUGUUGGGAUCCAUCUCUUCUCUGCUCUCAGUAUCGGAUUUGUUUCCCCUUGUUUAUGCUCUUGUGUUUUCCUUUUUCCUCAUUAACUGCAUAUUGAGCAUAUGGAUAAAAACUCCAGUUUUUAGCUAAUAAUCUCCAUUGGGCUUUUCCCCAACAGACUCAUUUAGUUUAUCUUUGUUAUAACGUCCCCAUGCAAACAAGCAACUGAUAUUGGGAAUA